CUUUGCUUAGGUGUAUGCACAGAUGGUGCAAAAUCAAUGUCUGGAACAUAUUCUGGUAUUGUGGCACGUACAAAGAAGAUCAACGAGAAUAUAGAAUGGACUCACUGCUGUAUUCAUAGGCAAGCACUGGCAUGUAAGCGUAUUCCUGCAGAGUUAGCCAGUACUUUAAGCAAAGCCGUAAAAGUUGAGAAUUUUAUAAAGUCCCGUGCUACAAAUUCUCGUCUAUUCCGUGAACUUUGUGACGACUUGGGAAGUCUCCACGUCUCUUUAUUACUUCAUACAAAAGUUAGGUGGCUUUCUCGUAACAAAGUUUUGACCCGCUUGUCUGAAAUUCAGGCAUUUUUUCCUGACCAUUCAUUUCAUUUGUCCGCUUUUAUAACCGACAUUCUGCGGCUCCAAAAACUUUCAUACUUAGCUGAUAUUUUUUCUGAAUUAAAUGAAAAUAUGUCUUUACAAUGUCCAGGAAUCACCAUUUUCAAUGUUCAUGAUAGAAUAGAAGCCAUGCUGAAGAAGUACAACUUUUGGAAUCAAUGUCUGAAGAUGAAUGGGUACGAUUGUUUUGUUUUUAUCAGAGAAUAAAACUCAACCUAACGAAAACAUUAAAAGAUUCAAAGAGCGACAAUUAACGUUCAAAUGGUAUUUUCCUAAUAAACCUGGAUCUAACAACUGGAUACGCAAUCCUUUUGAAGGAGAUAUAAUUUCUAACACGUCUUUAUCUUUAUUGGAAAAAGAAAAGCUCAUCGAUUUAUCCUCUGGCAAUUCUCAAAAGUGGU